AUGUCAAACCCGAAUUCGAUAGCAGCCUUUGAACAAGCGCGCAGAGAGUUUGUGGCUGAGCUGAAAAUCGCCGACCGGCAAGAGUUUCAGAACGCAACCCGCGAAAAUGUACACUCGGAGAUCGACAAAAUUCAGGCUCGGCUAAUGAGACAGAGGCGAGGGAAAAAUUUGACUCGAUUGAAGUCGUUCCUCGAGGCGAUAGACCAGUUUGGCAAGGUCAUUGAAGUCUUCGGCAACGCAUCUCUUUUUGUUGCCUUCCUUUGGAUCGCAAGUUCAUGGACGGACGCGCUGGACGAUCUUGUUGGCGUCUAUGAGAAGAUUGGCGAUAGCUUUUCGCAAUAUCUGCAACUUGAAGGACUCUUCGAGAAGGAUGCAGACAUGCUCAAAUACUUGGUUUUGAUCUACAAAGACAUCUUGCGAUUUCAUCAACAAGCAUUGCGAUAUUUCCAGCAGCCCCUGCUCAAGCAGCUUCUCCAGGCAACCUGGAAAACGUACAAGACUCGCUUCGACCCGAUCGUGGAUGACAUUGAACGUCAUAGCCUACGCCUUCAAGUCCAGACGACCACGUCCCACAUCCGAAACGAAUCUCGGCAAUUGAGGGCCAUCAUUGUUGAACAGGAGGGGCAAAGGUUGCGCGAUCUUUACCAAUGGUUGAGGUCGCCAACAAACGGUGCCCAGAGCAGCAUCGACAACGACCAUCACCACUACAGAACAUUGUGUGACGAAGACCCUGAGAACAACAGAUGGCUCUUGGAGAAAAGAGCUUUCAGAGAGUGGAUUGAACCGAUAUCUUUGAUGAAGCCUCCACUCCUAUGGAUCAAUGGUAUACCAGGGGCAGGCAAAACAAUUCUGGCGUCUUCUGUGAUUGAAGAAGUCAAAAAGUCGCAUCCUCAAUCUACAGUUCUUUUCUUCUACUGCAAGCAAGACAACAGCGAACGAAAUUCAUUUUCAUGCAUCGCUCGACACUUCUUGGCCGAGUCGCUGAGACACAACCAUGAUCUGCUCCUACCAAUCAUUUACGAUCAGUUCUCCAAGAGCACGGAACCAAUCCUUGACAGGCUAAAAGAUAUCGAAGAACUUCUUCGGACUGCCGUAUUGAACUGUCCGUGCGCCCACAUCGUGAUUGACGGCAUUGACGAGUGCCCUCGAGAAGAUAGAAAAAUGAUUGUACAAUGGUUCCGGAAACUUGUGGAAGAUGUUGAGCCGCAAGAACAACAUCGUAUUCGGUGCCUCUUCGUGAGUCAGGAUGAUGGUAUUGCUCGCAAGGACUUCUCGGGGCUUGCCAUGCUCAAAAUCGAGCCAGCGGAUAAUAGCAGGGACAUUAAGCAGUUUUCCUUUCGGGAAGCGAGUCGAAUCCAGUCGGCAUUUGACCUGGAUGUGGAAAUGACGGCGACUAUUGCUUCAAAAAUACAGAGUUCCGCGGGAGGAAUGUUUCUGUUGGCCAAGCUGAUAGUGUCCAAUUUGUUGCAACAGACAACGGUCGAAGAGAUCGAGAAGGAACUUGAAGACGAAAAUUUGCCAAAGGAGCUCUAUGAAGCAUACUCUCGAAUACUCUUACGAGUGUUCGACCAGGCUUCAGAUUCCCAAAAGGCGGCAACACAUAAUCUGCUUCAAUGGCUGGUGUGUUCAAGGCGCACCAUGAAGUGGUACGAGAUACAAAGUGCCAAAGCUAUACAUGUAGAACAUCAGUUGGUUGACUGGAACCGUCGGCGUUAUCGUGUCAGCUCCAAAGACUUGUGUGGAUCGCUGGUCCAAAUCCGAGACGACACUACUGUGGACUUCGUCCACAACACUGCGAGAAUCAGGAUAGAUAAGACAGCAGCGCACUUAGCGUUCGCCUCGCUCUCCAUCGACUACCUGAACAUGCCAGAUUUCAGUCAAGACUUCGAAGUUAAUGAGUCUGUCAUACUUGCUGGCUACUAUGGUUUCAUGGAAUACGCAGUGGCCUGCUGGCUUCGCCAUUUGGAAGCCUGGGCUCGUGAAAAUGAGGAAGGUGAUCCUGAAAUCGAUGGUUUGGCCGAGGCACUGGAAGUGUUUUUGGGUACACAUCUUUUACCGGCGAUGUCGAAGCAAGCCGUUCCAGUAUCCAAGGGUAACGAACGAACACUGGAGCCCUUCCAAAAGUACGACUUCUUCCAGGAUCUCCAGCGAGCAGUGAUUCAACUCCGAAAAGAGUUGACAUUCUUUGGCGAGAUGAAGGACCGCGAAACUCCGCUAGACCUCACCAAUAUUGUGAGUCGUCUACGGACCCGCAUCGAGAAUGUGUACACGGAUCUUGCGGCUCUCAAUGAGACGAAGCGUCUGGUCGAGAUAUACGGGCCGAACUUGUUCAAAUGCUCGAGACUGAGCUGCCGCUAUUUCUAUGACGGAUUUGCGACAGCAUUUGAACGUGACCGGCAUCUUGAUAGGCAUGAACGGCCAUUUCGGUGCACGGUGCUUGGCUGUCUCUCUUAUUCGAUGGGCUUCGAUACACAGAAAAAGCUGGAUAACCAUAUGAGACAAACCCAUAGACGUUUGGAAGACGAUGAAGAUGCAUUUCCAAAUAGGAACGACAUCUUCAGCGAGAAGCAGGCACCUGUUAGACCUCCAGAAAAACGUCCCCGAAGCCCGACUAGGGGGGAGGGUAAUGCAUAUUCGAGUCAAACUCUAACGGCUAAGAAACCUAGAAUAACUGAGUGGCAUUGUCCGUACUGUGAGAAGGUCUUCAAGAAGAAGUUCAAUAUGACCAACCAUGUCCGCAUCCACAGCGACGAGCGAGCAUUUGUUUGUGGAACAUGCCCGUCAUCUUUCACACGGGAGAGUGACCUCAAACGACACGAGAAGAAUCACGCGCCAAGAGAACACAUAUGUGAAGGAUGCGGCAGUAAGUUCGCUCGUUCGGACACUCUUCGAGACCAUCACAGAUCCGAGACAGGCAAGGCAUGCUUGUCAUCGCUAUCACAGGGGCAAUCCGGUCAGAAUGCCAUCCAUUUACAACAGCCCUAG